UCUGUGGACGAAGGAUUAGUUGUGUCAGCACUUAGAACUGCUGGGAGGACUUACAGCUCAACUCUGCUGGAUGCGUCAUGGGCAAUUUUACAGCGAUCACUCCGCCAGAAGAGGACUCCCAACACUGAAUCUUAUCUUGGGAAGAUAUAUGCUCAUUCACAACUGGGGAAUCUUCAGAGGGCUUUUAGCACUCUGCAUGAAUUGGAGUCUACAUAUGGGAAUAUGAGUACAGAAGCUGCUGAAGAAUUGUUCUCUCCGUUUGCUUCAUUACAUCCACUGGUUUUAGCUUGCUCGAAGAAUGGAUUUGCGACUUUGGAUUCAGUAUACUUUCAACUUGAGAACCUGAGCCGUGCUGACCCUCCUUACAAGUCUGUUGCUGCUUUAAACUGUGUAAUUUUAGGUUGUGCAAACAUAUGGGACCUUGACCGUGCUUACCAGACAUUUGAAGCAAUAAGCAGUUCUUUUGGGUUGACUCCUGAUAUUCAUUCAUACAACGCGUUGAUGUAUGCAUUUGGAAAACUGAAGAAGACUUUUGAGGCUUCAAGGGUGUUUGAGCACCUAGUAAGUGUGGGUGUUAAGCCCAAUGCAACAUCAUAUUCUUUGCUUGUUGAUGCUCAUCUCAUCAAUCGAGAUCCAAAAGCUGCUCUCUCUGUAAUUGAGAAGAUGGUAAAUGCUGGAUUCACACCCUCCAGAGAGACACUAAGAAAGGUUAGAAGGCGAUGUUCCAGAGAGAUGGACUACGAGAGUGAUGAUUGUGUGGAGGCCUUGGCUAAAAAAUUUCAGAUUCGACUUGGUUCGGAGAACCGUAGGAACUUGCUGUUUAAUCUUGACUAUUCUGUUGAAUACCCAUCAUAGGCAAGAAUAAUAAAAAUAGGUUGCAGGUUCUGUUGAAUCGGAAUUCUGAACAACGAUUUUGCAGUUCACUGAAUUGCUCAUAGCAACGCAUUGCUAUUGAAUGAAGUUUGA